AUGGCGACCCGGGUGCGUACUGCGGGGCGUUUCGCGAAUUUGGUGGGAUCGGAUUCGGAUUCAGACCUUGGAGGCAUGGAGAGCUAUCCUCGCAAAAGACAGAGCUCAAUCGCGAGCACCAUGGCUUCAAAUCGAAUUACAAAACCUGUAUCGAAAUUGGCAGGGUCCAUCGACAGAAAAGCCCCGCGCCGACAAUCACCUCGCCGACCGGCGCUUACAGACAAGAGCAACCUCAAUGCGACACGUCCACUGCAAAAAAGCAGAGACGAGAAAGCGGCUCGCCCGAUCCGCGACGAAGUAAUCAACGACGAUAGUAUGUUGAAUUUACGUCGAUCCAAAGGAAGUGGCAAGAAGCAGCGACUCGAAGAUUCGCGACCUGUUAAGCAAAGUUUCGCGACAACGAAGCGCCAUGCAUCAUCACCUCGGCAUCAAGUUUUCCGCUAUGCAGCAGAAUCUGUGGCCGAGCUAGAAGAGGACGAUGAUGAUUUGGACAUGGUGGAUGUUGUCGAGCAAAAGGAGGAGGAUGAGAAAGAGGAGGAAGACGUCAUGGUGCCUAUAAGCCAGCAAGCAACCGCACCAAUCGAGUCGCAUGCCCGUCAAGGGAGCAGGUCACAGAGCACACAAGAAGAUAAUGAUGUAUUGGAGCGCCGUUUACGCGAUAUGACGAGAAAGUACGAGAAUCUCGAGGGCCGAUACACUGAGCUUCGUGAGGUGGGUGUCAAGAGCGCCGAACGAAACUAUGAGAAGCUACGCAAACAGGCAGACGAGAACGCAGCGAGUCAUUAUGCGCUAACAAGAGUAUCAGCCGCAAAUGAACUCAUCACCACACUCAAAGAAGAGCUAGCUGCCCAACGGCAAGCGUUAAGCGACGCCGACUCACUGCGUGUACAACUGCAAGACAGCCAGAGCAAUGCGCAAGAUCUCUCCGACAGGGUCAAGGAGCUAACGAACUCACUUGCCGAGGCUGACCGUCAAGUCAAGGCCCUCAACGUCAAACUCGCGGCAAGUCGAGCCGCUCCCGGCAGCGCUGUUCCCGGCAGCGCGGUCAAGGGCAGCGCAGCAAGAGCUUGGACGGGUCAGUCGGAACUAGUGCAUGCCGCCCAUGCAAAGGAAGACUUGUAUGCAGAUCUUACGGGUCUCAUCAUCCAAGGGGUGAAGCAGCACGGCAGCGAAGACGUUUUCGACUGCAUCCAGACCGGUCGCAACGGAACACUCCACUUUAAGCUCGCUAUUGCCGGCAGCAGCUCUACAUUGCGCUAUGAAGACUCUCUGGUCAAAUACAACCCGCAAUUACAGUCUGAUCGCGAUGCUGACUUGAUUGCCGGUCUCCCGAAUUAUCUCCGCGAGGAGAUUGAAUUUCAAAGACCGCAGGUGGCCAACUUUUACAGCAAGGUGGUCAAGGCAUUGAGGGAGAGACAAUCAGAGGGUGCUAAAACAGCUCGGACAUGA